AUGGGCGACGCUCCCGAGACCAGCCUUAUCUCGGCUUGCUCGAGUCUGGCAAAAGGGGCCUUGUCCGGGGCCGCGGAGAUAGAAAGCAACUUUCUCGACUCAACCGACGAGACCGGCGCAACAGUAUUUCAAAGGCUUCGACUACUAACGGCAAAGUUGCAACAGCUGAGCAAGGAUACGGACCAGCUACAGGCAGAGCUGCGAACAGCACCAGCCAUAUCGGCCAAGCUUCGGACCGUCAUAUUGGCUCACGUGUCCAAGUGUGAUGCCACGGCCGCCAUUGUGGUGAAGGAACUCAUGCGAGUUGGGACGACUACGCCAAAGGACGCGAUCAAUGUGGCAGCCGUCCUCCAGUACGAGUCGUUCUUGGAAUCCACUAUGAGGUUUCUCUUCUUUGCCACGCAGCUGCUCUCCAUUGACUCGGACCAAGUCCAAGAGGCUAAGCUCGGGGUUGAAGACGCCAAAUUCUUCAUGGCUGGGUUGGCAUCUACGUGUCAGGCGAUCGUACGGUCGGAUGGUAUCUUGGAUGUACAGACCAGGCCCAACAACCCCUCCUCUUCGAAGCAAAACACGCUCGACACGCCCUCCCCUGCAUACGAUGAUCUUCAGCCGCCCCCUCCUUUUGAUGAAGCCUCCAGCUCUGCCUACGGAAGACCGCCGCUCGCCGAAGCCGGCGACCCAGGUAACAGUAGCAACAAAACCAAAAGUGAAUCGUCCGGCGGCUUUUUAAGCUCGCUGGCCAACCCAUUCAAAGCCGCAACCGCCGCUCUACGGCCCAAACCGGAACCCUUCGUGGUGCCACUCUGUCACGCCGCCACGGCGGGCAACGUACCCCAGCUGACGGCGCUGCUGAACGAAGGAGCCAACAUCAACGGGCGCAACGAGGACGGCCACACCGCCCUCAUUUGCGCCAUCAUUGCUGGCCAGUUGGAUGCUAUGCAGUGCCUGCUCAAGGCCGGGGCGUACUGUAGCAUUUGCGAUGCGGGGAGCAAGCACUGGCCACCUCUCUUCCACGCCAUUGAUGCGGAGAACAGGGCAGCAGCCAGCUUGCUCCUACAGUACGGUGCCGCCGCCAACCAGAACGACGGCUAUGGUGAGCCACACUUUGUACAUCUCGUGACCGGCGACACAGUGCCCGCGUGGAUCGAGCUGCUGCUCUCGUGCGGUGCCGACCCCUGCGCCAAGGACGGGCAAGGGCGGCCGGUCGUGCUCCUGGCGCUGCAGAAGCGCAAGAAGCACGAGGAUCGCGAGGACGUGGUACGCCUGCUCCUCCGUUUCGGCGCGAAGCCCGACGCGAGCGACGCAGACGGCACGCCCCUUGUCCACGUCUGCGUGCAGCAGAAGCGCGACGCGCUUGUGCGCGAGCUCCUCGCCGCGGGCGCAGAUCCCAACGCAUGCGAUGCCUCCGGUGUCUCGCUGCUCGAGACGGCCGUGAAGCACAACGACCGCGCCUUGGUGACGACGCUCCUCGAGCGACGGGCCGAUCCGAAUACACGGGACUUGUAUGGCCAGCAUUUGGUCGUCAACAUACUGUGUGACAAGACGCUCGCCGUAGCCGACCGGGCGGCCCUGGCGGAACUGCUUCUCCAACAUGGCGCGCUUGGCAACACGAAAGACGUCUACGGGGUCUCGGCGCUCGAGCACGCCAUGGCCCCUGUCUUGGAUCUCUUGGAAGGCACGCCGACCGCGUCUGUCGGCGAGACAGAGCUCCGGAUACCGGAGCUCCUCCUGAAGCAGGGGGCAAACCCGAACCAGCGCCUGGACAAGGUGCCCGGUGAGCCGAUGCUCCUCACGUACGCCAUUGAUCAUGCGCAGUUGGCCCUCGCGACGAUGGCGCUGCGACACGGCGCCAACGCCAACCUGGUCGACAAGGAAGGCCGCACGCCGCUGACACUGGCGGUGCAGAAAGAAAACGUGGACGUGGUGGGGUUGUUGCUGCAGCACGGGGCCAUUGCGAAUCAGCCCAUGCAGAACCUGCCGCUGGACGUGGCGACGGCUGUGGGGAACGACAAGAUCAUCCAGCUGCUCAAGGCGCAUGGGGCGGUGUCGGGGGGCAGUCGCCUGGGCAGUCGCCUGGUUAAUGCCAUCAGGUAA